GUAGAGACACGACGAUCGCUUCGAGAAACGUGAUACUCGUGACAGCAGUAUUGAAACGCUUACGCGAACGACGACGAUAGUACAGGGGGAUUGACGAAUCGUAAUACGCGAUACGUCGAGCGUAUUAUCGUCUUUGUUUCAACGAUCGAACAGUUUUUUCCCCCGUGUGUGAUACGCGCGAGAAUAUCAAAGUGCGCGGAUAUUACUACGCCGCACGUUGUAGAAGGAAGCAGAAAUCGAGUACUGGCAGGAAGUGGGUAGAAGGGGGGUACGUCGUUGAGCUAGUUGAUUCGGUGGUGGCUACAUGUGGCUGUCCGCCGGUCGCGACAACGAGACAUUUCCUAUCAAGGCAUAAAAAAUCACGUUUCCCAAGCGGUAAUCGAUAGCCGAAAGAAGCCGAAACCAUGCAGAUGGAUCCAACGACGGUGCAACUGAUCCAGGUUCUGGAGAGAACCGUCUCCUCAGACAAAAAUGAGUUGGAGGCAGCACAGAAUUUUCUGGAGCAAGCAGUGCAGACUAAUCUUCAUGAAUUCUUGCAAAGACUCAGCGGCGUGCUGGUUACUGCCGCUGCAAGCCCAGUUGCUCGCAUGGCAGCAGGUCUUCAGCUCAAAAAUCAACUUACAUCCAAAGACUCGCAGUUGAAAUACCAAUAUCAACAACGCUGGCUUGCUAUUCCUGUGGAGACCAGAGAGUAUAUUAAGAAGAAUAUUUUUGGAGCUCUUGGAACAGAAAACAACAGGCCAAGUGCUGCGGCACAGUGUGUUGCAUAUGUAGCAGUCGCUGAAUUACCUGUUCGCGAAUGGACCAAUGUCAUUCAGCUAUUAGUUAACAAUGUUGUAAAUCCAAACAGCACUGAAAUAAUGAAGGAGGCAACUCUAGAAGCCAUUGGUUAUAUUUGUCAAGAUAUAGAAAGCGAUGUUUUGGUACCUCAGUCGAAUCAAAUUCUCACUGCUAUUAUUCACGGUAUGAAAGGAUCUGGUGCUUCGCAUCACGUUCGUCUCGCAGCUACAAGUGCACUCUACAAUUCGUUAGAAUUUACCAAAGGAAAUUUCGAGAUAGAGACGGAGCGAAACUUCAUCAUGGAAGUGGUGUGCGAAGCAACGCAGUCCUUAGACACACAAGUUAAAGUAGCCGCUACUCUAGAAGCUAUGAAGUCAGAUAUCGAUGAAGUUGCACUGCAAGGAAUUGAAUUUUGGUCAAAUGUAUCGGACGAAGAGGUGGAUUUAGCGAUGGAAGAAGGCGAGGCUUCUGACUGUGGUCGACCACCGGUCAAAGUAUCGAGGCACUACGCGAAGGGCGCUUUGCAGUAUCUGGUACCUGUUCUUAUGAAGAAGCUUACCAAACAGGAAGAGUUCGACGACGAAGACGAUUGGAAUCCCUCGAAAGCAGCCGGAGUGUGUUUAAUGUUACUUUCCACUUGCUGCGAGAACGAUAUCGUCCCGCACGUUCUCCCUUUCGUCAUGGACAACAUUAAGAGUCCAGACUGGAGGUAUCGAGACGCCGCAUUAAUGGCCUUCGCUUCGAUCCUCGCGGGUGUCGAACACACGACUCUGAAACCCUUGGUAGAACAAGCAAUGCCAACGCUCAUCCAAUUAAUGUACGACAGCAGCGUCGCGGUAAGGGACACGGCUGCUUGGACGUUCGGUCGAAUUUGCGAGAUAAUACCAGCGGCAGCGAUUAACGAGACAUACUUGAAACCUCUGCUGGAAGCUCUGAUAAACGGUCUGAAAGCAGAGCCACGCGUUGCAGCUAACGUUUGUUGGGCUUUCACCGGUCUCGCAGAAGCCAGCUACGAAUCGGCAGAAAAUUUGGAAGGCCAGAAUCCAGAAACGUACUGCAUGUCUCAAUACUUUGAUUUCAUCAUUCAAAGAUUGCUCGAAACGACGGAUCGCCCGGACGGAGCUCAGGCUAACUUGAGAUCGGCCGCGUACGAAGCGUUGAUGGACAUGGUGAAGAACUCUCCGCACGAUUGUUAUUUAACCGUGCAGAAGACGACGAUGGUGAUCCUGGAGAGGUUGCAGCAGGUACUGCAAAUGGAGAAUCAUAUCCAGACGCAUACGGAUCGUGCACAGUACAACGACGUCCAGUCGUUGCUUUGCGCCACUUUGCAAUCUGUAUUACGCAAAGUCACACCAGAGGAUGCUCCACAUAUCUCCGACGUGAUAAUGACAGCGUUGCUCUCCAUGUUCAGCUCGAACUCUUGCAAAGCUGAAGGUGUACAGGAGGAUGCUCUCAUGGCUGUUUCGACGUUGGUCGAAGUGCUGGGAGAAGGUUUUCUUAAAUACAUGGAUGCAUUUAAGCCGUUUCUUUGCCUGGGUUUGAAGAAUCACGCGGAGUAUCAAGUAUGCUGUGCUGCUGUCGGUCUGACCGGUGACAUAUGUCGCUCUUUGAAGAACAAAAUGCUACCUUACUGCGACGAGAUUAUGACACUGUUGCUGGAGAAUCUUGGCAAUAAUACGGUCCAUCGUUCGGUCAAGCCUCAGAUCUUUUCUGUCUUCGGUGACGUUGCUCUAAGCAUCGGUCCGGAAUUUAAGAAAUACCUAGACGUGGUACUGCAAACGUUGGCUCAAGCAUCUCAGGCGCACGUCGACAGAACCGAUUACGAUAUGAUCGAUUAUUUGAACGAAUUACGCGAGGGUGUCCUCGAGGCUUACACUGGUAUAGUGCAAGGACUACGCGGCGAGAUAACGAAUCCGGAUCCUGCAGUUACUCUGGUCGAGCCACAUGUGCCCUUCAUCAUUCAGUUCCUCACGUCGAUAGCACAGGAUCGCGAACACUCCGAAGGGAACAUCGCUGCCGCGGUGGGCCUGCUCGGUGACCUGGUCACCAUUUUCGGGGCGAAACUGUUGCCAAUGUUGAUGGAUGUGCGUGAGUUCCGAAGCGAUGACGAUGAUGGGGUGAUGAGUCUGCACGUGUCCCUGCUCUGGCGACGGUAUUCGAGUACCGACACGUCGAGCGCAGCCCCAAUGGUCGAGAAAAUAUAUACCUGUCUGCCGACAACGGAUGAUGAGGAGUGCAAGUGGAUGUUGCCGAUGAAUGAGCCAAGGCCGAAGCCUACCGAGAUGUUCCGGUGA